AUGUUGGCUAUUCUAUUUCUUACUAUUUAUUUUGAUUUAUUUAUAUUUAUUUUUGGUAAAGGAAACAUUCGUUGUAAUUAUAAUAAAAAAGAUACCAUUUCAAAUGAAGGAAAAGUAUGUGUUCCACAUCCAAUAAAUAUUGACUUGUCCUGUUGUACAACACAAUUUAAUGAUCCAAUAAAAGAUCUUGAGGAACAUUUAUUAAAAUUACCUACUACAAAAAAACCAAUCAUUCCAUAUAUAUCAACAACAAAAAGUACAAUAAUUAAUGAUAAAUUUACUAAAAGUGGUUGUUUUGAUCGAAUUAAAAAAUGUUAUUUAUAUUCAAAUCUUUGUUUUAAUAAUUUUUAUACUGAAAUAAUGGAAAAAAAUUGCCGGAAAACAUGUAAUUUAUGUUAA